AUAUCAAUCCCACUUCUUUCCUCUCUUUUGUGCUCCCAAACCGAACAAAACACUCACAAAAAGCAAUUAUAACUCAGCUUUCUCUCAUCUCUUUCGCUUCUUCUCUUUCGUAUCAAAACCCUAAAUAACCCUCAAGACCGAUGCAGACAAAGCUCAUCAUAACUCUCAGUUCUUCCUUCAAAUCCCAAACCUUUGUCACUUCAUCAUUGUAAGAGAAAAAGAUAAAACAACCGUCAAGUUCUGCCGAAAUGAUGAGACCUAUCUUCAACCUCGAGAUUGAAGCUUCAUCGGAACAUGAUCAUUCAGACAGUGCCAGUAGCCAAGUUGCCUCGAACUUGUCUCCUGUUGGAGACGAUUACAAGUCAAUCUCUCUGGAUCUUAGCCUCUGUUUCAAUAACAACAACAACAACUUGGAUCUUGAAUCAUCUUCUUUGACGCAGCCAAUUUCAAGCACCAGCGAAAUUAGCAAUCCGGAGCAACAGCAACCAUCUGUAUCGAAGAGGGUCUUCUCUUGCAACUAUUGUCAACGGAAGUUUUACAGCUCUCAGGCUCUUGGCGGUCACCAAAACGCUCAUAAACGCGAGAGAACGCUUGCCAAACGCGCUAUGCGUAUGGGUCUCGCUGGAGUUUUCCCUGGCAGAGGAUCUAGUAGCUCCUACGCCGCUGCUGCCACAGCAGCCGCUCUCUCGUGCCUCCCGCUGCAUGGAAGCGGAAACAGCAACAUGACGUCGUUCAGGACUUUGGGAAUCAGGGCGCAUGCCUCUCCCCACGACCUAGGCAUUACAAGGCCAACACAAGAGACGAUCAUUAGAAACAUUGCCAGGUUUAACCAGGGGUAUUUCAGUAAUUUCGUACCUUUUCUCGUUGAGGACGACGAGGCCGAGCUGCUAUGGCCCGGGAGUUUCAGGCAACGGGCCAAUGAGGUAGCGGUUGAAGCGGUUGAUGGUGAUUUAGGUGAACGAAAAGUGGAUUACUUGGAGGUCAAACAAGCAGUGGACAUGGAGUGUUCUCUUCCAGAUCUAACCUUGAAGCUUUGAGCUAUCUUCUUUUUCCCUCGUUUUGAAUUUGGAUUCUUAAUUUGCUUGAACGAGAUUUAUAACUCUAUUAUGUAUGUUUUAGCAAAAAAAAAAAAAAAACUCUAUUAUGUACAGUGAGCGUUUUACAAACCAUUUCUAAUAUGUUUUCGCUAUGUGGUCACUUUCUAUUAGAAGUCAAUUCUAGUGUUUGCUUAUGUGUAUUAACGAAAUGGGAUAUUUAUAUGAUAUCAAGUAUCAAA